AUGGCCAGUACAAGCCAGCAACACACAGUUCCAUCUUCCUUACAAAAUGGCGAUUCCUCCCGUCGCAGCAUGCUCGAAACGUCAAUCGUCAUGUUUUCGCUAUGCGCCGCGGUAUUUGUGGCUGCCCUCGACGUCACCAUCAUAACUACAUCAAUGCCCACUAUCGCGGGCCAUUUCCACUCGAAAUCCGGCUACACAUGGAUUGGCAGCUCCUACAUCCUGGCCAACACGGCGACCAUCCCAGCCUGGGGCAAGGUGUCGGAUAUCUGGGGCAGGAAGCCGUUGCUGCUGAUUGCCCUCGUCAUCUUCUUUGCGGGCAGCCUAAUCUGCUCGGUGGGAGAUACUAUGGCUCUGCUUUUGUUUGGGCGCGCGGUGCAAGGACUAGGGUCUGCCGGUCUCUUGACGCUGGUGAAUAUCUGUGUGAGCGAUCUGUUCUCCUUGAGAGAUCGGGGCUUGUAUUUUGGUCUCAUUUCUGUGGUAUGGGCCUUGGCUUGUGGUGUUGCACCUGUGCUUGGGGGUAUUUUCACGGAGAGAGCAACUUGGCGCUGGUGCUUCUGGAUCAACUUGCCUAUCACGGGCCUCGUCUUCGUGCUGCUGUGGUUCACUCUCAGACUCGAAACUCCACGGACACCGAUCAGGGAUGGUCUCAAAGCAGUGGAUUGGUCCGGCUGCGUGUUCGUGAUUGGCAGCACCAUCAUGCUGCUACUCGGUCUCGACUUUGGCGGCGCCACACAUCCCUGGAAUUCAGCAACAGUAGUGUGCCUGAUUGUAUUCGGGGUCGUGGUUGUGGGGCUGUUCGUGGUCAACGAGUGGAAGAUGGUCAAAUACCCGGUUAUCCCUCUGAUCUUUUUUCGAGACAAGUCCGGGGUCGCCUCGUUCCUGGUCUGUUUCUGCCAUGGGUUUAUCUUCAUGGGCGAGGCGUACUACCUGCCUCUUUAUUUCCAGGCCGUGCUCGGCGUCAGCCCGAUCAUGUCUGGGGUUUAUCUCUUGCCGCUUGUGCUGUCCAUUUCCAUUUCGGCGGCGCUGACGGGGAUUUUUAUUCAGAGAACUGGCAAAUAUGUACCUGCCAUGUGGUUCGGCUUGGUUCUGUUGACGCUUGGGGUCGGGCUCCUCAUCAUUUUAGAGGACACAGCCAACUGGGGCAAAAUUAUGGGGUUUCAAAUUAUCUCGGGCGCGGGCGUGGGUCUCAAUUUUGAGGGUCCGCUGUUGGCAUUGCAGGCGAUCGUUGGCGUAGAGAACACCGCGACGGCCACCGCGACAAUUGGAUUUGUGCGCAGUCUUUCCACGGCCGUGUCUGUGGUAAUUGGAGCUGUGGUAUUCCAGAACCAAAUGGUACAAGAAGGUCCUAAGCUGGUCGGAGUUCUGGGUGAGAAGCUGGCUAGCCAGCUUGCAGAUGGCGGUGCCACCGCCAGCAUCGAGUUGAUUGAGACGCUCCCCAUGACACAGAAGUUAGCGGCACGGCACGCCUUUUAUAUGUCGCUCCGGACCAUGUGGAUUAUGUAUGUGGCCUUUGCGGCCGUUGGGCUUCUGGCUGGGUUUUUUGUAGAUGCGCAUUAUCUGAGCAAAGAGCACAAAACGGUUGUUCUCGGCUUACGCGAAGAGCGGGAGCUAUCGCAGUCAACAUUGAAUUGA